GCGCUCGGCAGAGGCAGCGCUCGGCAGCUCCGUGCGCAGCGGUACCCGUACCGGUACCGGCCCGGUCCCCGAGCCAUGGGCCGGCGGUGGGGUUCCCCCGCCCUGCAGCGCUUCCCCGUGUUGGUGCUGCUGCUGCUGCUCCAGGUGUACGGCCGGCGGUGCGACGAGGCAGCCCCCUGCCAGCCCGGCUUUGCUGCAGAGACCUUCAGCUUCAGUGUGCCCCAGGACAGCGUGGCGGCGGGCAGGGAGCUGGGACGAGUGAGCUUUGCAGCCUGCAGCGGGCGGCCGUGGGCCGUGUAUGUCCCGACUGACACACGCUUCAAGGUGAACGGGGAUGGCGUCGUCUCAACAAAACGGCCACUGACGCUCUAUGGGAGGAAGAUCAGCUUCACCAUCUACGCUCAGGAUGCCAUGGGCAAGAGGCACUCAGCCCGGGUGACUGUGGGCAGGCACAGGCACCGCCGCCACCACCACAACCACCACCUGCAGGACAUGACGCCGGCUGUGCUGACCUUCCCCAAGCACGACCCCGGCUUCCUCCGGAGGCAGAAGAGGGAUUGGGUCAUCCCCCCCAUCAGCUGCCUCGAGAACCACCGGGGGCCCUACCCCAUGAGGCUGGUGCAGAUCAAAUCCAACAAGGACAAGGAGUCUAAGGUGUACUACAGCAUCACGGGGCAGGGCGCGGACAGCCCGCCCGUGGGCAUCUUCAUCAUCGAGCGCGAGACGGGGUGGCUGGAGGUGACGGAGCAGCUGGACCGGGAGAAGAUUGAUCGCUACACCCUCUUCUCCCACGCCGUGUCGGCCAGCGGGCAGCCCGUGGAGGACCCCAUGGAGAUCAUCAUCACGGUGAUGGACCAGAACGACAACAAGCCCGUGUUCAUCAAGGAGGUCUUCGUCGGCUACAUCGAGGAGAACGCGAAGCCAGGCACCUCCGUGAUGACCGUGAACGCCACGGAUGCGGACGAUGCGGUGAACACGGACAACGGCAUCGUCAGCUACUCCAUCGUCAGCCAGCAGCCGCCCCGCCCGCACCCCCAGAUGUUCACCAUUGACCCGGCCAAGGGCAUCAUCAGCGUGCUGGGCACGGGGCUGGACCGGGAGACCACUCCCAACUACACACUGAUCGUCCAGGCCACGGACCAGGAGGGCAAGGGUCUGUCCAACACUGCCACGGCCAUCAUUGAGGUCACGGAUGCCAACGACAACAUUCCCAUCUUCAACCCCACCAUGUACGAAGGUGUGGUGGAAGAGAAUAAGCCAGGUACAGAGGUGGCCAGGCUGACUGUGACGGACCAGGACGCACCAGGCUCCCCAGCCUGGCAAGCCGUUUACCACAUCAAGAGUGGGAACCUGGAUGGUGCCUUCAGCAUUAUUACUGACCCCAGCACCAACAACGGAAUCCUGAAGACAGCCAAGGUGGGUCAUGUCACCGCCGAUGGCCCCAGUGUGGGUCAUGUCCCCACCAGCCCCACUGCCACCUCAACCCUUCUCCCCACCCUGCAGGGCCUGGAUUAUGAGACCAAGAGCCGCUACGACUUGGUGGUGACGGUGGAGAACAAAGUGCCCCUGUCCGUGCCCAUCACACUCUCCACCGCCAGCGUCCUGGUGACCGUCCUGGACGUGAAUGAGCCCCCUGUCUUCGUGCCCCCUAUCAAGAGGGUAGGGGUACCAGAGGACCUACCAGUGGGGCAGGAGGUUACAUCCUACACGGCCCAAGACCCCGACAGGGACAUGAGGCAGAAGAUCACGUACCGCAUGGGCAGCGACCCAGCAGGCUGGCUGUACAUUCACCCCGAGAAUGGCAUUGUCACGGCCACCCAGCCACUGGACCGCGAGUCGGUGCACGCCAUCAACAGUACAUACAAGGCCAUCAUCCUGGCUGUGGACAAUGGGAUACCGGAUACCACUGGUACGGGGACGCUGCUGCUGCUCCUCCAGGAUGUGAAUGACAACGGGCCCACCCCAGAGCCCCGGUCCUUCGAGAUCUGCAGCCGGCAGCCUGAGAAGCAGAUACUGAGCAUUGUGGACAAGGACCUGCCCCCACAUACCUACCCCUUCAAGGCAGCACUGGAGCAUGGUUCCAGCAACAACUGGACUGUUGAGAUAAGGGGCCAAGAUGAGCUGGCCAUGGGCCUGAAAAAGGAGCUGGAGCCGGGCGAGUACAAUAUCUUUGUGAAGCUGACGGACAGCCAGGGCAAGGCACAGGUGACGCAGGUCAAAGCCCAGGUGUGUGAGUGUGAAGGGACAGCCAAGAACUGCGAGCGGAGGUCGUACAUCGUCGGUGGGCUGGGUGUCCCCGCCAUCCUGGGCAUCCUGGGGGGAAUCCUGGCCCUGCUGAUCCUGCUGCUGCUGCUGCUGCUCUUUGCCCGGCGACGCAAAGUGGAGAAGGAGCCGCUGCUGCCGCCCGAGGAUGACAUGCGGGACAACGUCUACAACUACGACGAGGAGGGCGGCGGCGAGGAGGACCAGGACUACGACCUGAGCCAGCUGCACCGCGGCCUGGACGCCCGCCCCGAGGUGAUCCGCAAUGAUGUGGCCCCCCCGCUGAUGGCCGCCCCCCAGUACCGGCCCCGGCCCGCCAACCCCGAUGAGAUCGGGAACUUCAUCGACGAGAACCUGAAGGCAGCUGACACGGACCCCACGGCCCCCCCCUACGACUCGCUGCUGGUGUUCGACUACGAGGGCGGCGGCUCGGAGGCCACCUCGCUCAGCUCCCUCAACUCCUCCGCCUCCGACCAGGACCAGGACUACGACUACCUCAACGAGUGGGGCAACCGCUUCAAGAAGCUGGCGGAGCUCUAUGGCGGUGGGGAGGAUGAUGAAUAGGCAGCCUUCGUCCCCUUGGCUGGCCCGCCACGUGGCUCUUGCCAUUUCACCCCCUCGGACAUGCACUGGGUUUGCAGCUAAAGCCCCCUCCAACAGCGUUGGAUCCACCACUCGCAUCCCUCCCCUUCGGUGCAGGGAAAGCUCAGGGUCACCGGGGCUGGAGGCUUUUGGGGAGCCCACGCUUUUCCUGCCCCCUCAGCCCCACACAGGGCACAGUCCCAUUCGGGCUCCUUGGGAACAGGCUGGAGGCGCGGUGCUCCUGGGUCAGCUCCCAGUGCCCGAAUCCCACAGCCCCCACAGCACGGCCGGCGCUCAGCAUCUCUCCCCCUGCAAGGAAAGAGGCCUCCACCGCCUCUCUCCCUUUGCUACAGAGGAAGGGUUUUCUCCGGCACCCUCCAUAAUACCUCGUGCUCCCAGCCCCGCCAUCGGCGCCACGCUCAGGGUCUGGGAUGGCCUUUGUGUGGAGCUGCUCGUGCGUGUGCAACACGGGUGGGCGAUCGCUCCCGCAGACCAACGACGUGCCAUUCCCUCUGCAUGACACACCAGAGAAUUAUAUUUGAUACAGUACUCACGGGCAGAUUUCUAUUUUUUGUAUAACAGGUGACGAUGUUAUUUCCAGCUGCGUUGUUUGUAGUUAUCGUUCUGUUAAUGAGAGGUGCUUCCUGAAAUCAAGUGGCUUUACUUAAACUCCGAACUCCGUGUCUAGCUGUUGUUUUGUAUUGUUAAUAUGGGAAAAGGGCCUGAUGCACGCUGGAAGGCCGGCGAUUGCCUAAGUGUUAAUUGAUGGAAUGAUUUUUAUAUGAAAUCGAAAGAAUAAAUUGUAAGAAAACCA